AUGUUGGUGUUGUAUGUACUUGCACGGCACCCAUCACAGGGCUACAACUAUUCUGCUGCACUAGAGAAGGAGGCUGAUGAGUAUCAUGAUGUCAUUACACUGCCGGUGAAUGAGGGUAAUCCGAAUACAACAAAGUUGGAGUACAGCAGCAAUGAUUGGGGCUUGGAUGCGCAGAUGGGUAUGAGCCGCAAAACAUUCCUCUGGUUUGAAUUGGCACUACAAGUAUUCCCGAAUGUGAGCUGCAUUACAAAGGGUGAUGAUGAUAUGUUCUUGCGCGUCCCACAAUUUUUGUCUGAUCUACGUGUCAUACCUCUCAGAGGAAUAUAUUGGGGUGUACCUGUUGGAGGGGUUUACUACAGAAAGAGUGUCAAUAUUGGAAUUCGAUUUGCUGGUGGGUGGUGCUAUACACUUUCAAGAUAUACAGCAGAACACUUUGUCUCUUACGAACCGUUAAAGCGAUUAGUGCAUCUGCUGUACAGCAAGGAACGGGAAGAGGAAUUGUUUCUUCUUAGUAGGAAUGGAGAAGAUGCCAUAGUGGCGAGUAUAUUGUUUGUUGAGUCUCCAUACGCACCACUGGUAUUUGUAACGGCCUAUACGUGUCGAUUCCAUGAUAUUCGAAAUUCUACUGGUCAUUCGUUGCUUAACCCAAUGUCUCUGGGUAUUCACCAUUUGCAGGAAGAUGACUAUGCGAUGCUAAUGGAUAGGUUUGGGAAUGGUACGACGUACAGCCCCAGAGUGCGAAUAUUUCGAAAGCGUAAAAUGAUCAAAUUUCUUUGUUAA